CUGGCAUGCCUCGUCGAGCGGGCGCUGAGCACCGCGGGGCGGAACCCGGCGGCGUAGGCUGGCACGGGGGGCCGGGCCGGGCAGCGGGCGGAGCCGAGCCGUGUCUAGCCGGCGGGCCGAGCGCAACCGGGAGCUGCUGCCAUGGAGGCGCUGGCGGAGGCUCCCGUGGCCGUCGCCGUGGCCGUGGUGGCUGCGUCGGCCCUGCUGCUGCUGCUGCUGAGGGGGGUGGGCCGGGGGGCGAGCCGCCCCGUCACCCUGCGGGACCCGCACGCCAAGUACGCGCUGCCGCUGGUGGGCAAGGAGGAAGUCAGUCAUGAUACUAAGAAAUUCCGGUUUGGGCUACCUUCACCAGAUCAUAUAUUAGGACUGCCUGUAGGCCAACAUGUUUACGUUUCUGCAAAAAUCAAUGGUAAUCUGGUGAUCCGAGCCUAUACCCCAGUUUCCAGUGAUGAGACAAAAGGUUAUGUUGAUUUAAUUAUAAAGGUCUACUACAAAAACGUGAAUCCCAAGUUCCCAGAAGGUGGGAAGAUGUCCCAGUACCUAGAUGACAUGAAGAUUGGAGAUGUUAUUGACUUCAGAGGGCCAAAUGGACUCCUUGUCUAUAAAGGGUCAGGUACCUUUCUUAUCAAGCCUGAUAAGAAGUCUGAAGCACAGAAGAAGUUUGCGAAGCACCUUGGGAUGAUAGCUGGAGGAACAGGGAUAACUCCUAUGUUGCAGCUGAUACGUCAUAUCACAAAUGAUCCUAAGGACUCUACAAAAUGUUACCUUCUCUUUGCUAAUCAGACAGAAAAAGAUAUAUUGCUAAGAGCUGAGCUGGAAGACAUUGCCAAGAGGCACCCUGAUCAGUUCACAGUAUGGUAUACCCUGGACAGGCCUCCACAAGACUGGAAGUACAGUUCUGGCUUCAUCACCGCAGACAUGAUUAAAACCCACCUCCCUUCCCCUGGCAGUGACACGCUCAUUCUCAUGUGCGGGCCACCACCCAUGAUUCAGUUUGCGUGUCAGCCCAACCUGGACAAACUCGGCCAUCCCAAGAGCAACACGUUUUCUUAUUAACGAUGAUGUCAUCCAAUACCUUUUCUUGAGGACAUUCUUUCCAGCUGGGGAAUUCCAUGUGUAACGAAGUAUGUUGGGCAAUGUAUUCCACAAGAGAAGUGUUUUGCUGUUCAGCGUAUUUAACAACAUCUUUUAAUACACUGUGCAAGGAAAAGAAGAAAUCAUUACCUUUUCUGGCCUUUGGUUUCCUUUGAUCUGGAUAACCGAGGUCCAGCUGUUGCACGGAGACCGCCUCUUCGAAACUCUGCCAAACCCAGAUCGUCUGCAGGGAAGUUACCAGACUGAGUUCUUCUUAUUCUUUCAAAACAAGAGCACCAAAACAGUACUAUUAGCGUCCAACAGAGAACAUUUGUUUCAUAUGGAAACUAUAAUGACAAACUAGAAGCUGUAUCAAUCUUCCUGUAAACCACAAACAUAUGAUUCAAGCAGCAGCCAAAGAAGUUCCAAGCAAACACUGUCUAGACUGAACUCUGACUGAAGAAAAAAGCUCUGCAAAACAGCCAUGACCUUUCAACGCAAGCAGUAAUCUACACUGGAGGUCAGACAUCUAAACGUCUGCUGUCCUGAAGCAGAUAAGAUGAAUGCAGUAAAACUCAGUCCCCCUGCUUUUUGUUUCUUCUGUUUUCUCUGACUUUUUUUUUUUUUAACUGAAGGCUCCUGUAAUGAGCAACUGACUAUCAUUUAAUUUUUUUCAUAGCUAGUGAAACUGUUGGUAUUUUAAAUCAUUAGCAUUAUAAUAACACAGCAGAAUACAUUAUUUCUUCCAACAGCGUGAUGCUUUGUAUAUUACCAUCCAUUUUCCUCCACGCAUGGGCACAGAGACACACCUGUACAAUCACAGAACAGAGCUGCUUUUCCUCCUUUUCCUGAACUUUAUUUUAUUCUUGCUGUAGAUACUGUAGCUUUUACUGAGAACUGAAUUAAUUCUGUUGAAAUACUUUGAUAGGAAACUAAAAAAAAUUAUCUUACUUUCCCCAGAUUUUCUUGAUCCCUUUUGGACUCUUUCUAUUUUCUGGAGACAGUGGAGACUGUGGACCUGAAUCCGUUCCAGAAGAAAGAGGUGAAAGGUCAUCUGAGACUACUGUACCAUCCACGUUCUCUGUUUCUCCUGGGUUAAGAACAGUAAUAGUCACAUUUUUUACUAAUUGUUGACAAAGUGGUUAUCUGGGAGACUAAUACUUAAAAAAAAAAAAAAAAAAGGUAAUAAAUCAGUAAAGAUAAAAUAAAGUGUUCCUGUAUAAAAAAAUCUUGCUCAGAAGGUGAAAAAAAUAUUAGCUGUACAUUUCAUACAAAAAAAAAAAAAAGAGUAAAACAGUAUUGUUGUUUCAAUUUAUUUAAAAACAUUAUUUUAAUUAAUUCAGGGUCUUCACUUGGGUCUGCUCUUGCCUUUCUAUUGUUAAUACCAAAACUCUUCCAUCAAAACCAGUGGGAAUUUUACUGUUUUCACUGAAGUAAGAUCAUGAAUAAGUAUUAAAAAAAAAUAAAAAAUAAAUCCCAUUUGAAUGCCAUAGAGCAAAAGCUCUUAUUUCAUACCAACACUGCACUUAAGAAAUUCAAUCUGGAUUGCCCCCUUGGUAUUAGUAUUUUAUAGAGGAGAGAAAGGGAGGGAAAAAGGAAAGGAAAAAAUAAAUAGCAAAAUUCAUGUUAAAGUUGCAUUAUGUUUGGAUACAAUACCUAGCACUGGUGCACUGACACUCCUGAUGCGAUCUUCAGUCAUCCCAAGAGGCAGAAAGCCAGAUGAAGAAGCAAAGAAGAUAUAAAACACCAGCAAAAUAAAGUUAUGGAAGAGCAAAGAAGUAAGCUAAGCAUUAAAAGCAGAAACAAAAAGAAAAGAAGCAGUUAUGCUUGACAUGAAAGCGAAUGCGCAUUGGUGUGCACAAGCCCCAGGAAUCCUGUACAGGUCAUCUUAAAUAGACUGGAACGAUCAUUUCUCUCUCUCUCUCUUUCAAGAUAUAUUAAACAUAUGCUACAGAGCUCCAUAAAGCCUGCAGCACUUCAGAAACGAAGCAGUCUCUAAAAUUACAUCCUCCAUUACAUGGAGGUAUACUGAGUUCACUGCACUUGCAAGAUACAAACUAACCUCCAGUAAUUCAGUGUUCUUACUGAUUCACUGCUUGUGUCUAGAAAAAGAACAUUUUCCUUUAAAAGAUCACACCUCUUUGGAUAAUCCUGCAGUUAAAACAUAAUAGCAUGGCUUGUGGACUGCCUACACCUGUACAGACUAUUAAUGAAACUCCAAUGUUGCUAUUAUAGAAAAACUCUUUAAAAAAUAAAUAAAUAAACAACCCUUAAACAACC